AUGACAUCGCCUUCCAAGCUGAAGCAAACCUUUACUGCUGCAGACGAGGAGGAACAAACAGCUCCUCAAAUAAUGAGAUCACACACCGAACCGCCUCCAUCACCUACAGGUCGUGGUUUUGCCGGCCCAUCUUCAGCUGUUAACACGUUUGCAUUGUCCACAAGCCCUGCCCGAGAUCACCGAUCGUUUAAGAGUCCUGCUGCAUCGUCUUCCGACAACCUUUCAAGGCUGCCACCUCAACUUCUUCACUCGAUGCGCGAAGCCUGUUCAGUCCUCGACCGUAAUAAUACGGGCAGCAUCUCGCAAGCAGAUGUCAACGAGACACUUUCCUCGCUUGGGAUCUCUGAUCCCUCACAGUUCUUCCCACCUGGCUCUUCCCAGCAGCUCUCUUUGCCGCAAUUUCUCAACCAGCUGGCCAACAUUCUCGUUGAACUCUCACCACAACAGGAAUUGUUGAACGCCUUCUCUGCUUUUGACGAUGAUGAUAGCGGCCAAGUCGAUGUUGCUGAGCUGAAGGACGCCUUAUUACAUACCACACCCAAUCCCGGCGAUAGACCCUUGACCGAACGCGAUGUUGAAGCAGUCCUUGGCGCUAAUAGUGGGUUCACGGGUCGCAGAGUCUUCGCAAAGAAUGCUGUUGGAACAGUGGGCCAAAGGAGUCUGAAUAUAUUAGGUGGCGCCAAGAAGACAGGUGAUGUAUUCAGAUAUCAAGAAUUCGUUGGCAAUUUGACAGGUGGUGGGAGCGCCCAGGCUCAAAGCGCAGUGGAAGGGGUCAGAGCAGCAUGA